AUGUCUGCCCCUGUGUCGUGUGCUGCCGGCGUGGACCGGAUGGAGAAGGCGAGGCGGCGGCAGGUGCCGGCGUUCGGGGAGUGGAACUACUGCUACUACUACGACGAGCCGCCGGCCGCGGCGGCGGUGGCCGUGGCGGCCGAGUGCUACGCGCCGGAGCCGGAGGCCUGCAGCGACGUGUGGUUCAGGUACUCGCCGCCUCCGCGCAAGCCCACGCCCAAGAAGACGCGGAGGCCGGACCAGGGCGACGUGGCCCGUCGGGAGAAGGGGGAGAGGCGCGGUGCCAGGGCGCUGGACGCUGCCGGCAGCGUGCCGCGCGCCACGGCCAAGGCCGGCUCCAGGGUGGUGCGCCCGGUCGACGAGGACCUGUACCAGGUGCCUCCGCCGGAGUUCACCUCCCGCCGGCCGAGGCGGAAGAGGAGCCUGCUGAUGGGAUGCCUGGGCCUCAACUCAUGCGUCGCCUGA